GUUCCAAUAGCGGUCUAGGGCGGUGCCGCCUAAGCCACGCCCGCUGCAAGUUUCGCCUCCAUAUGUUUCCAGAGCUGUGGGUGUAUAGUUGCUAACUAUAGUGUGUGGCACAUUUGGAGCCUGUCGUUGCGCACGCCUCGGGCAGUAGUAGACGUAUUCGAGGGACUAUUUGUAGCUGAGGGAGCAAGUGUUCACCAUUUUCAGGCGAAAUGCAGACCUCAGGAAAUUAUCAACCUGUUCCCAUUGGCUUUACCGUUCCAUCAGCUCCUCCUUCAUAUGAAGAGGCCACGUUUCAGCAUCACCCAUACCCACCGCCACAUCAAGGCAUGGAUGCAAAGAACAUGAAUCCUCCAUAUAUUGUUCAGCCAUUACCUGUGCAACCCCCAGUUACAGUUCAGACCGUUUACGUCCAGCAGGCAAUGACCCUUUAUGACCGGCCAGUCCAGAUGUGCUGCAGAUCAUGUAACAGCAUGAUUACUACCCGCCUCGAAUACAGUUCUGGAGCUCUGGCAUGGUUAUCCUGUGGUGGGCUCUGCUUGUUGGGGUGUAUAGGCGGCUGCUGUCUGAUUCCAUUUUGCAUUGAUGCACUAAAAGAUGUGGAUCACUAUUGCCCCAACUGCCACUCGUUGCUCGGCUCUUAUAAACGCAUCUAAGGAAAGCAUACAAUGAACAGAACAAUCAUGAAUUGUUGUUUUUUGUAGAUCACAAAAUGGGAAUUAUUAAAUAAGUCUGUCUUGUCAUGCAGAAGCCAGAAUAUGUGAUUUUCAGUGCCAUCAAUGUUAAUGCACAUUAAUUAAUUUUCCGGUCAGAAAAUGAAUCCGUUUCUGUUGUAUUGCAACACAGUGAGCAUUCUUUCCAGAAGAAUAUUUAACCUCAGGUAGUGUUCGCUUUACAUCAUCUCUUAAAAUCUUUCCUGCAAUGUAAGAAACAAAUGAUAGCAUAAGAUCCUUUAUAAACACAAGAUGUAUAUUUAUAUUUUUAAAGUUAGUUUGCAUAGAAAAAGAAAUGUAGUAUUAGCUGGGAGCAUGAGGACGCUGCUGGUAGAGGUUUCCUUCCUGCAUUACAGUAAUAGUCAAACAUUUUCCUAAACCAGAACGUUAAAAAAAACAAACAUGUAUCAUAGGGCAUAUAUCUUAUGCUAGAAUGCAUUUCGGUAGAAAAUGGUUAGAACAUUUUGUAUACAGACUGGGUGACUUAGUUUAAAAGGCUAACCCCCCCUGUAAUAUCUGGAGCAAAAGUUUGCUACACUUCUUAUAACCCAUAGCAACUAAUCAGGAUGUAGCAUUUACUGGUCAUCUUAUUGGUUUCUAUUGGUUACUGGUCCUGGGCAAACUUUGUGCUUUUUGUUACAUAUGGGGGUAAGUUUGCCCAGUAGCGGUAACCCAUAGCAACCAAUACGAUGUUUGCUUUGAAACAGGUGACCAGUAGAUUCUACCUGCUGAUUGGUUGCUAUGGGUUACUUCAUCUGGACAAACUUUGUGGGGUAUAUUUAUCAAAGAGUGAAGUUAAUAGUGAAGUUCUGCCACUAGAGGGAAAUUCCGCCACUUCCCAUUUAUUUCUAUGGGGUUUUUAAAGGCGUAUUUAUCAAAGGGUGGAAUUUCACUUUCACCCAUUGAUAAAUACGCCUUUCAAAAUCCCAUAGAAAUGAAUGGAGAGCUGCGGAAUUUCACUCUAGUGGCGGAACUUCACUCUUUGAUAAAUUUACCCCUGUGACUUUUAUUACAUAACCCCAUAAAAUUCCCUUAUUAGACAUAAUUUCCUUUGUAAAAUUCCAUUAGAAUUUAUAUUAUUGAGAUGUACUAUAGAACAUACACUAGGAAGAACCAUUAUUCUUGUUUGCUAUAUUAGAAUCCUUGGAAAGAUUUUGUAUUACCGUUUGCAGAAUGUAGCGAUCAUGUACCAACCUAUGUGCCAAAAAAUUCCAUGAAAUGUCAUGGUGUAUCUUUCUAUAUAUUUCCUACAAAAAUACCUUUGAAUAUACCUUUGCUAUGCAUUUCCAUUAGAUAUGUAAAACUGACAUUUCAUUUCUGGCUAUUUAUUAAAUGGCCAUGUCACCAGUUGUACUGUGAAUCUCUUGUGUUUACAUUGUUAGAGCCAAAGGGAUAAAGGGCAAAGCCGUUACUUGUUCAAGUGAAGUUAUAACUUUCAACUGGAUUUAAAACGGUAAAAUAACUGUUUAUCACUUAUUUAACUUAUUAUAGGAUCCUAGUAGGAGAGCAUUGCUUUUAAAGUUGUAUUACGAUAAUAACUAUUGUAUGUAUGCAGUCACUAGGCAGGAACAGUCGAUCUGCUUGAGACAAGUAGAAAUUGCUACUGAUGUUGUUUUGGCUUUUCCUAUAAUUUCUUAAAAACCCUGAGUGGACUACAAAUGUUUCCACUGUACUAGUAACCCUCACCUAGGGUUUUCUAGGUCUAGACAUAAAUAGGUACUGCACGGAAUCCAUUAAUCUGGAAAGAUAAUGGAUCUUUAUGCAGUGUGAAGGUCCAUGCUUUAAAGGCAGUGGCCCCAACCAGUGGCUCGUGGGCAAUAUAUUGCUCCCCAAACCCAUGGAUGUUGCUCCCAGUGGCCUUAAAGCAGGAGUUUCUUUUUGAAUUCUGGCUUUGAGACAAUUUAUUUGUUGCGUAAAAACCAGGCAUACUGCAAUGUCUCCUGUAGGCUUACAAUCCAAAUAGAGGCUACACAAGUGCAAAUCACUAUUUUUUUGCACCUCCAGGAAUGUUUUCAUGCUUGUGUUGCUCCCCAACUCUUGUACUUCACGGGUAAAAAAAAAUGGUUGGGGUCCCCCGCCUUAACGCUUCACUACCAUCGGCCAGAGAUGAAGAACAUUUUGGUUUAAGAGGUCUUUAUUGGACAUAGCAUUGUUGUAUUUUAGAGAUUUCUGGAUAAAUGGUUUUUGGAUAAUGGAUCCCACACCUGUACUGACUUUGCUGUUUUCUGUUGAAAUUAGAUUUCAACAGCAGUGAAUAUGGCAGUGUGCUAAUAUGUUUAAAAGAAUAGAAGGAUCUCUGUACUGUUCCUUUAAAUGUACCUUUAUGGUAAAACUUCUUUUUUAGUAUUUUAUUUUUUUUUUUGCCUUACUGUAAAUUUGAAAAUAAAAGCCAUAUGUAUAAAAGGAGUAAGUGUUUCCCCUUGCAGUAGAAGUGUUGUUGAUUUAAAGGCAUUUAUGGAUCCUUUUUAGCAAGUGACCCUUUCUUUCUUUGUUUAUACAUAAAGGUGGUGGAGCCUGUAUGAAAGGAGGUAGAACCUUCUGCUCAGUUAGGGCAGAGACACACAUGGAGAUUCAGGGAGAUUAGUCGCCUGGCGACAAAUCGCCUCUUUUUCGGAGGAAUAAUCUCCUCGAACUGCCUCUGGUCAGCUACAAUCUAAAUUGCCAGCGGGAUUGAAGUUCCUCGUGAGGCAACAUCGGAAACCGGCGAUUUAGAUUCUUGCUGGAGGGAAGGCAGUUUGGGGAGAUUAGUCGCCGUGUGUGUCUGCCCUUAUUGUUGAUAAAGUGUCAUGUCUAGCAUGAUCUCUUAGGUGCCUUUAACUAAAGAUAGUGAUUAGUCUCUCCACGUUCCAAAGUCAAGGGGGUCUGUAUUUAUAUUGCUAGUGCUUCUGUUAUGUAUAGUAUGUGUGAAUAUUGGUUUCUACUGAGCAACUGUUUAUUGGGUGUAUGCCAGUGCUAAAGUGCUGUGUGCCCUGUAUAUCAGUAUGAUGAGUGCUCAUGGCACAGUGUACAUGUGAAUGGCUAACAGGAAACAUUGCUUUCAGCCAAAUGAGAGGAAUUAGACGUAACCUUUUUUUUUCCUUAGCAUAAGGACUGCAUCUCUCCAAACCACAGGUCUCUUAGGUCUCGUACUGCCAAAUGUAUUCUGUUAGUGUCAUUUUUAUUUUGUUUAAUAUAUCUGAAUUGAAUAUUGUUUUCCCUGGGCCAGUGCAUAUGUUUAUUCUAAAGGAGCUCAGACCCAGGAGAUUCACUGAGGGGGAAGCGUAACAUAUUGCCAUAGCCCAGUGAAUGUAGUUUCUUUGCUUCUGUUUUAGUGUAUAUGUGUUGCAAGUACAUUUUUUUUUUUAAAUGAAAGCUGCUAAAUCAUUUAUAGCAGAUCUGUAUAUGAAAUCUGUAUAGAACUGUAGACCUAUAUUUGUUAAAGAUCACAUUUUGCCUGUAGAGUGACCGCCAUGCUUUUAAAGUACAGCAAUAGAUCUAAUAAUGGACCAAAAGUGCCCUCUGUUUGAGCUGCAAUAUGUUUACAGCAAUGUUUUUUUUAACGUAGAUGAUGUAGAACUCCAAUCUGAUGUAUUUUCAGCUAAUUGUAAUCAAUAAAUGGAGUUUACUCACGUA